AUGAGGGCUCUACUGCUCCUGGGGUCCCUGCUGGUGAGCCUGGAGCCUGCAUUUUCGCCUCCACCUUGGAAAGCCCCCAUUGAGCAUAAGCACAGAGCGGGGGAGCCCACAGUGGUUCUCACUGUCACUGGGGAGCCCUGCCACUUCCCCUUCCAGUACCACCGGCAGCUGUACCACACAUGCAUCCACAAGGACCGGCCAGGCCCCCGGCCCUGGUGUGCUACCACGCCCAACUUUGAUCGGGACCAGCAAUGGGGGUACUGCCUGGAGCCCAAGAAAGUGAAAGACCACUGCAGCAAACACAGCCCCUGCCAAAAGGGAGGGACCUGUGUGAACAUGCUGAGCGGCCCACACUGCCUCUGCCCAGAACACCUCACUGGGAAGCACUGCCAGAGAGAGAAGUGCCAUGAGCCUCAGCUUCUCCAGUUCUUCCACGAGAAUGAGAUAUGGCAUAGAACUGGGCCAACAGAUGUGAUGCAAUGCCAGUGCAAAAGUCCUGGUGUCCUCUGCAAGCUGCUGGCCAGCCAGGCCUGCAGCACCAACCUGUGCCUCAAUGGUGGCCGCUGCCUAGAAGCAGAGGGCCACCGCCAGUGUCAUUGCCCCAAGGGCUACAUCGGACCCUUCUGCGAAGUGGACAUCGAGGCGAGCUGCUAUGAUGGCCGCGGGCUCAGCUACCGCGGCAUGGCCAGAACCACUCUCUCGGGUGCACCAUGUCAGCCGUGGGUCUCGGAAACCUCCUACAGGAAUCUGACUGCGCAGCAGGCGCUAAGCCAGGGACUGGGCAACCAUGCCUUCUGCCGGAAUCCGGAUAAUGACACCCGCCCGUGGUGUUACGUGUUGAGGGGCGACCGGCUCAGCUGGGAGUAUUGCGACCUGGCACGGUGCCAGAUCCCCGCCCGGGCGGCACCUUCGACCCGGCUCCUCCCUGGGCGUCAGGACCUGCCCAUGCCCACGCCUUCCGCACUGCAGAAGCCUCAGCCCACAACCGAGGCUCUGCCUCAGUCCCAGACCCCAGCCCUGCCUGCGGCACCCGAGCAGCGGACUCCCCUGCCCACGACCAGCCCGGUCCACUGCGGACAUCGGCUCCGAAAGGGGCUGUCCUCGCGGAGCCGCAUCGUCGGCGGACUAGUGGCGCUGCCCGGGGCGCACCCCUACCUCGCCGCGCUGUACUGGGGCCACAGUUUCUGCGCCGGCAGCCUCAUCGCCCCCUGCUGGGUGCUGACAGCGGCUCACUGCCUGCAGGACCGGCCGGCGCCCGAGGAGCUGACGGUGGUGCUGGGCCAGGACCGCCAUAACCAGAGCUGUGAGCAGUGCCAGACGCUGACCGUGCGCUCCUACAGCCUGCACGAGGCCUUCUCUUCCAUCAGCUACCAGCAUGACCUGGCUCUGCUGCGCCUGCAGGAGAGCGCGGACGGCAGCUGUGCGCUCCUGACGCCUUACGUUGAGCCGGUGUGUCUGCCGAGCGGCGCCGCCCUACCCGCCGAACCCGAGGACAAGCUCUGCGAGGUGGCCGGCUGGGGCCACCAGUUCGAGGGAGCAGAGGAAUAUUCCAGCUUCCUGCAGGAGGCGCAGGUGCCCUUCAUCUCCCCGGAGCGCUGCUCGGCCCCGGACGUGCACGGAGCCGCCAUCCUCCCUGGUAUGCUCUGCGCUGGCUUCCUCGAGGGAGGCACUGACGCGUGCCAGGGUGACUCUGGGGGUCCUCUCGUGUGCGAAGAGGAGGCCGAAGAGCGCCGACUAAUCCUGCGAGGCGUUAUCAGCUGGGGCUCAGGCUGUGGCGACCGCUACAAACCGGGCGUCUACACCGACGUGGCCAACUACCUGGCUUGGAUCCGGGAGCACACCGUUUCCUGA